GUUUAGCCAGCCCAUGUGAUCUCUCUCCUUCUCACAACAUAGCCAUAGGCCAUAGCAGAGUGUGAGAAUUAGGAACCAGACAUCAAUGGCGAUAACGAAUUUCAUUCUGACGGUUGCCGGUGUAAGCGCCGUCGUGCUUCUUCUACGAAGCGAUGUGAAGAAAUCAGCUUCAAUAUUCAAACAAAACGUUAAACACAUUCGUCACUGGCUUGAAGAAGAAACCGCUACUUCUUCUUCCAAGGUUACAAAAGAACUACAAUCAAAGGUUCCUCCAAAAGACAUACCUAAGUAGGAUAAGCACUAGUGU